CAUAUGGAUACCUGCAAUUGCCAGCGCACAGCUAAAGGCAACACUUAUUAAAAGAAAUUACUAUUGCUAUACUCAGUUGGUUAAAAAUUUGUAGCGGAUAGUUCUUAAAAUACAUAAUAAAUAAGAUUGUUAUUAAAAUCAGCGCGAAAAUUAUUUAUUGUCUGUUAUUAAAUUAGAUACAAUAAUUUCUAAUUGUUUACAUCAAUCUCAAAACUCAUAUAAGUGGUAUACGUACGUGUUUUCGCGAAUUUAUUGUUUGUGAAAGAAAUAUUUUAUAUGAACAUCCAUAAAUAAUCUUUUUUGUACAUACGCUUUUAUGUUGUAUUUAUGAAGUAAACCAGAUUUUAAGUGAUUUCUUAAAUCAUAUAUCAGUAUUGACCUAUUCCAUCAUAAAUAUGUCCAAUAUUGGAAGUCAUCUGUAUUUAUAUUGAUUAAAAUAUUAAUAAUGUUUAUAUAUGUAUAUGGAAAUUAAGGAAUGUGCACAUAUUUACAUAGAGGAAUACAUAUGUAUGUACAUACAUGAAUUUUUACACUCCAAAACACAAAGUAAAUCAUUUCCAACAUAGUGAGAAAAAAAAUAUACAAAUGUGUACAUAAAUAUGUAGGCAAAAUUUGUUUAUGUAUAAACAGUAAAUUACCUAAUGAAAAAUUAUGAAUUAUCGACUACUGCAUAUAUAAAAAUAAAAAUGUGCCAUACAUUAAUUUAAAUAAAUGUACAGAACUAAAAUGGAAAACAAAUCGUCAUUGGAAAAUACUUUAGAUCAGGAUUAUUCAGAAUUUCUUAAUGAAUACCUGUUGCAAAAUAUUGCACAAGACUCUGAAGUCAAUUAUGACGAUGGAGAACUAGAGGCGGAGUGGCUUGUUUCAAUUGGAUAUCCCGAGCUAACUAAGCCGUUUGAAAAAGGUUUAGAGCUUCACACAACUGAGCUUGAGCCUGUUCUGAAGACAUUAUCAAAGCCUCACGCCGAAGCCAUCAGAAAACGCGUUAUUAUACUAAAUCAUACUGUUCGAGGGCGCACAAAGAUCCGGUCAAAGCGUAAGCCUGAUAUCAGAGAUGUAUUUAGAGACUUCGACGAAUCUAGUACAGGAACACGCUCUCGAAGUGCUACCCCAGACUCGUUGGAUUCCAUUCAAGUUGAUGAUGUUUGGGGAACCUCCUCUAUACCAAACUUUGUGCGCAUCUUUGAAGAAAAUGGCGAGAGUAACACCAAAGCUACUCAGCAUUCACAAAAAAAACACUUGAAACAGAAAGUACGCCGGACACCUAGCGCCCCUAUUAAAAGUGGUUUAUCUCCAGAUAUAUUUCGCGGCUCAAAUAUGCGUUGUGAUAUACCAUUACAUUCAACGCAUGGGGUUGAGCUAGUUGGGUAUUCAAGAAUUGGAACAAUAAAUUUGGCACGAGGACGGUCAGGUUCAGAUCCAGCAUGUUCAGUCGGUGCGCCACGUGGAGAGAGGUUGCGCAAUGUAAACAGCGAAAAUAAUACAUCUGACGAUUCUAGUGACGAUUGCAUUAAUAAAUUAAACAAAAAUUAUAAACAGAUUUCAAAAUCAGACAAUGAGUGUCCAGAGAAUUUACUUAUGACAGGUGAUGUUAUAAGCUUUGAAAAUAUUUGCCGGGAUACCUGUGGUCCAGAUGAAGUAGAAGAUUUAAGUCCUUCACAAAAACAAUACUUAGACAUCGUUUUAUUAAGUGAAAUUGAAAUUAAACGUUUACAGUCUAUUAUUUGGCUCGAGUUAGCAACCAUAUUUGAUCGAAAUAAAAUAUCUCUAGAUAGAAGAAAACCAUACAAGCGUCGUCGUAAAGAAGAAGGAAAUCUUUUUGGUGUAUCAUUAAGUGCUCUCAUUAGACGUGAUCAGCAAAUCACUGGAACCGAUUCGAACUUAGUACCACUUUUUUUGGAAAAUCUGCUGGCGGAAAUAACUCUUCGGGGCUCUACAGAAGAAGGGAUACUUCGAAUUGCUGGAAAUAGGCAAAAGACUGAAGCACUUUAUAAUGAGCUAGAAUCAAUAUUUUAUCUAAAAUUUGAAAAUAUGGACACUUUUUUUUCUAAUUAUACAGUUCAUGAAUUAAGCGCCCUUCUUAAGCGUUGGUUAAGGGAACUUCCACAGCCUUUACUUACUAACGAACUUGUUCAAUUAUUUUAUCAAUGCCACAAACUAUCAUCGUUGGAUCAAAAAAAGGCUUUUUCACUUUUAUGUCAAUUGUUACCACAUGAGAAUCGCAAUACUUUUCGAGCGUUGUUAAGAUUUUUAAGCAAUAUAAUCCAUUUACAAAAUGAAAACAAAAUGAAUUUACACAACGUAGCUACGAUAAUAGCUCCUUCCUUUUUUCCACCUCAAAAUGUUCAUCCAAUUGACAAAAACAGCAUCGAAGAGCAAGUGAAAAUGGCUGCAAUAUGCUGUCGUUUGACAAAUGUUUUGAUUACACGUGGCGAAAAACUUUUUCAGGUUCCGAAAAAUUUAAUAACGGAAUCAAAGAGUAAAAAAAAAAUAAUGCGAAAAAAAAAGUUUUUCCAGCUGGAGGUAAUGGAAAAUUCCAAUGAAAACACAGCUAUUUCAACAUUAAUUAAUGAGGAAUCAAAAACAAAAAACCAUGUACAUCACACUGUUGUAUAGUAUAGAGGAUUAUAUCAAGUUAUAUAAAUAUUGUAUUUGUAAUUGGUGCUCCAAUUUAUUUUAUUUUCUGUGAUAAAUUCAUGCUUUUUCUUAGCAAUUAUGAAGUCUUCAAGGACUUUGUUCGAGAUUAUUUCCAACGAGGAGGUAGUACAUUCAAUAUAAUAGUCGCGUCGGAGCAGUUUUUAUUUCUUUUUAUAAGUAAAUUUUGGUAGUCAAGGGUAUUUACAUGCAUAUAUACAUGAAUAAACAACUAUAAUAACAUGUAAUGAAUUAAAUUUAAAAUUUUCUCCCUUAAAAAGUUAUAACAGACUUUUUAAUCGAAAUAUACAAAUACACACAUACUCAA